CUGCGAGCAAGCUUCGAGAAGGGGAGGGCAGCAGCGACCUACGCACAACAGCCGGGAUGGAUUUCGGUGAUGAUUCCCCGAAGCUGGCACUCAUCACUGGAGCCUCCUCCGGUAUCGGCACGGCAGUGGCGCUGAAGCUGGCUGAGGAAGGGCAUCAUCUCUAUCUCAUCGGACGCUCCGUCGACUCACUGCACAAUGUCGAGGAGGUUCGCGUUGAUUGAUCCAUGAUCUCGAGCAGGAUCCACCAUUUGACUGCUGCGUAUGUGUGUGUGUGUGUGCAGGACUGCCGCAACACGUACAUGGAGUUCCAGCACGACAAGAGUUUGGUGCAGCACGGCAUUGGUGAUGUUGGCGACGAGCGGGACUGCGAGAGGCUGGUGGAUGCGUGUGUGAGUCACUUCAAGGGGAGGGCCCCUGACGUGGCCGUACUCAACGCCGGCGUCGGCCGACCGGGCGCAGUCGACGAGACGACCGUCGAGGACUUUGACCUCAUUAUGAAGACCAACGUCAAAGGUGAGUGAAAUCAUUCACAGAAAUACCGCGACACACACACGUGACCAAUAGAUGGCCUUAUAAUUGGCAGGUGUGUUCCUGUUCAUGCGCAAGCUGCUGCCUCUGAUGAAGGCGCGCGGCUCUGGGCAGAUCGUCGUGACGUCGAGUGUGCUCGGCCUGCGCACGUGCGAGAAGGCCGCCGUCUACUGCGCAUCCAAAUAUGCCGUUGAAGGGCUUGUCGACGCCACGAGGAAGGACUUCGCCGGCACCGGAGUCAAGCUGGGCGUCUGCAACCCUGGUAGCUUGGCUUGACUUACACAUUUGUGUAUGCUCUUACAGAAGUCUCGUGUGCGUGUGUGUGUGUGUCAUUGAGUCAGCUGCGGUCGCGACGCCAUGGUGGGAGAGCAAGCAGAGAGGGGGCUGGGAGAAGGGGGAGGCCGACACCAGCAAUUUCUUGACCGCCGACGAUGUGGCGGAGGGCAUCAUGUCGAUCAUCAAGCAGUCGCCCAUGUGUGACAUAGGCCGCGUGGUGAUGGAGAAUGUCACCGUCAAGAAGAGGCGGAGAGUCGAUGAGGAGGGGGAGGGCAAGCAGCUGGCAGGGACGGGCGACAUGCAUAUGACCUGAACUGACCUGGUGGGGGUCUUUUUUGCGACGCAUGACAUGAGAGGUUGUUGGCCGUUCCGUGAGUGAGAGAUCAGUUUCUUGUAUGUAUUUGUAUGUAUCGGGUUGAGUGUGCGAGAGGUGGCUGGAUGAGAGACAGUGCUGUUUGUAGGCG